UUACUCACCAUCCUGUAGCUCAUUCAUCCCAUUGUAUAUACACACUCGCAUUGUUCAAUGUAACGCUUUCUAUCGACGCUUUCUCUUCCCUGCGACGGCUGUUACUCUUUUCCCUUGUUUCCGAACGUCGGUUAUUACGAAUACCGAGUAGAUGAUGACAUACCCCGCUUUGCGUCUUCUAUGAUGAUAACAAGGGAUUAUGCUUGUGACCAUAUCCUUUCUGUUUGCCCACCAUGCGAGGUGUCCUCGUCAGUCAACUUUCUCAUCCGUCCAAGAUUCCGCCCUCUGUUGAUGUACCAGAGCCAACCCUCAAGAAGAACGAGGUACUUGUCGAUGUGUACAGCGCUGGCCUCAAUUUUUUCGACAUCUUGCAAAUGCAAGGAAAGUACCAGCGUAAACCCCCACUGCCAUUCGUAGCUGGUGCCGAGUUUGCUGGGAGGAUUGCAAAGGACUCGCCAAUUCCAAAGGGAUGUCCGUAUAGACCUGGAGACCGCGUUUUCGGCGCGACACAAGGCGCUUUUGCGGACAAGGCGCCUGUAUCUUGGAAGGACAUCUUACCGCUGCCGGAUGCAUUAUCCUACGAGCAAGGUGCAGGUCUCUAUGUUACGUGGCCUACUAGCUACGAGGCACUGGUGGGUAGAGCGCAGUUAAAAGCCGGUGAAUGGGUUCUCGUCACUGCGGCCGCAGGGGGUGUAGGGAUCGUUGCCGUGCAGCUCGCGAAAGUCCUUGGUGCCAAUGUCAUUGCUGCAGCCGGUUCUCAGGAAAAGCUUGACAUUGCAAAGCAGUACGGUGGAGCUGAUUAUACUGUCAACUACACGGAUCCGAACUGGCCCAAGGAAGUCCUCAAGAUGACGAACGGGCACGGCGCUGAUGUUAUUUACGAUCCAGUCGGACUGAUCAAAGGCUGGGUCCAUUCACUAAAACGUGUCUUCUGGUGGCUGAAUCCUCCCUUAGACUCUUUGAAAUGCAUAGCAUGGAAAGGGAGAGCACUGAUUAUUGGUUUCGCUGCCGGUACCAUUGAAAAGGCUUGCUAUUUCUAUUUCUUGCUGUAUAAUAUUUUGCUUGAUAUAUCGUCAAAGAUCCCUAUGAAUCUUGUCCUCCUUAAGAACGUGUCCAUCGUGGGAACACAUUGGGGUGCCUAUACGACACAAGAGCCCGGUCACAUUCCUACGGUUUGGAAGGCUGUUUUAGAUUUACUCUCUUCUGGUCGUGUCAGUCCCGUCAAUUACACUGAAGUAUACACACUAGAAACCAUCAGGGACGGACUUGCUGCGCUGGAGAACAGGAAGACGUGGGGGAAAGCGAUCGUUAGGGUCAAGGAUGAAACAGAAAAGGCGAAAUUAUGA